UUAUCUGUUAUCUCAAAAUCUAGAAAAUUGCCCUCUCUUCUCUUCUCUGCCAUCUAUUCAUGACCCAACUAAAACCCCAAACUUACCCUUUCUUUUCACUGUCACAUCUGGUUGAGGAGUCUCAAUACUUGAUUUCUUUUGCAAAUGCAAUCAAUUUUGAAGGAUUGUCAAUUGCUUCUAAAGGGAAUGUCUACGAGACAGAGAAGCAUGGAGCUAAGUAAUUGCAAAAGAUUUUUCUUUCUCUCCUUUUUCCCAUGAUCAAACCAGAUUUGAACACAAACGUGUAGAUAAAGAAAAAAAAAACUAGAGAUACAGGAGCAGUGAAAGGAAAACAAUUGGAGAAAUAAAAAAAUUAGUUCUGAAAAGAAGAAAAUUAAAGAUGGAGUUUGAAAAAAUGAAAACAAAAGAAGUGCUGUAAAAAAUGGGGGAUAAUUGGAGAAGAAAGUGUAGUGGUUGACAGAGCCGGAAGGAUCUAGAACUAGGGCAAAGGUAGAGGAUUUGACUUUUGACAUUUUAUUUUUAUUUCUCUUAAGUUAACUGUUACGUGUUAAUAUAACUAUCCAAUAUCC